CCACUGCAUAUUUACACCUUUCCAAACAUCGUUCGAUCCAAUUCCUAAACAGUCUCUCAAUCCCCUCCACACAAUCUAAAAAAUGGUCUCCUCGCAGCAAGGCUACGCCCCGACUACUGUCGACAUGAAAGCCAACCCCGCCACUGUCGACGAAGUGAAGGCCAACCUGCCGCUCCCCGAGCAGCCCCCUGUUGCCUCCGACUUCAACUCUGCUGAUGCGCGCACCGUCAACGUCGGGUCCGGCGGUCCGGCAGCCGACUCCAGUGCUGUGGGGUCAGCCGGCCGCGAGGGCAAGGACGGGCUGAGCGGUAUCCCUAACGAUGCUGUUACGCGUGAUCAGAAGGACCAUGCUGGGCUUGCGAAUACGACUAAUUAGGAUUGUGGCACGCCUUCUUCUGCUAAAUAGAGAGAUGUCUCUGAUAUCAGUGCGAUUGUUUUGAGGUGUGGCGUUUGGGUCGAAAGUUUUGAUUAACGAACGGAUGGCCACAUGCUUGGCUUCUACGUCGGCGGGGAUGAGAUAUGAAUGAAUGAACCAAUGAUCAACUUA